GAAUUAUUUUACAUGGCAAAAUCAAGUCAAAGCAACAACGGCUCAAGCCAAAAAGACCCUCAGCCAUAUUCUGGUUUCAAUUCAGAAAGAGCUGUCAAAAUCUGACCAAACGGUGACUGCGCUUUCACAAAUAGAGAAUGUGGUUGGAAUGAUGCUGAAGGAUGUUGAAAGGGUAAGCAGUGAAUGUGGUGAGGAACUGAUCUAUCAAGCGCCACAGCGUUCUUCCUCCUCGUUGUCAUCCUCAUCUGCCAGAUCAAAGAAGUCAGAGUGGGAAUUUUCACUCCCUGGCACUCCCAUCUCUUCUGAUUUACCAGAGAGUAUUACUCAGCCCAUUGUGAGAUGCUCAGUCAUCGACAUGGGCAAAUCUACUAAGCCAAAAACAUUGGUGUGUGAUGCCAGGGAAAGCAUGUCUGCAAUAGUGGAUACCAUCAUAAAGGAGGUACAUCCAGAGGAAGAAGGGGAGGUUGCAUUCCACCCUGAUCUAACAGCUGCAAUAGCAAGACUGGAGGAGCUCAUAUCUCAGGGUAGGAUUGGUGCUCUCUCACGUGAUCUUACUCACCAAGUCAACCGCAUCAUUUCUGAGAGCAACUUGACCCCUCUGGUUCUGACAGUGGCGGCUGGAAAGAGUGCAUCCGAUACAGUCCUUACUGAGCUGAAGAGGAAUGACAAGACGGUGGGGAAGCCCACAGCUUACAAGCUGGUUCAGCUUUUUGCAGAGGAGUCUGUGAAGCGCCUCUUGCUUCCUAGCCUUGUGCCCUCUACAGCUUCAAUGAGUUUGGCUCAGGGAGUUAGUGUGCCGGCUAGCGUAUCUGAAGAUAGGAUUUCAUGUUCUUUUUCUACAUCAGCAUUUAGUGACACAGUCAGCCUGUUUACCAAAGUAAUGGUAAGCCAGGUCAUGGACUCUGUGGUUUCUGAUGCACAAAGCAGAGGGUCAUCUCCAACCGGAACUGUAACUGAUAUAGGCAGUCUACUGAGUGGUAAGUCCUACCCUCUGCCAUCUUUCUCUGCCAUCAGCAUGACAACAAGUGGGACCUCCAAUGCUGCACAAGGCUUUGAGGCCAACAUAGAUGCUGAGGAAAGGGAUACCAUCAGUUGUUUCGGUGUACCUCAGAGCAUUGUUUGUGAUCAGAAUUCAACCAGCCCGGAUGUUGCCUCGCUUUCAACCCCAUCCACUGUUAACUUAGUCGGUGAUGAUGACUUCACCGGCCUCAUCAGCAUGUUAGUGGUGAGACUUCUGUCAAAAAUACAAACCCAAACUGAUCUGUACCCAACUGACGUCACACGCACGUCACAAGACCUGAUUCCAAAAGUUAUAGCUGCCUUCUGUGCAUGGUCAGGCUGCUCUGAGACCCAAGCUUAUCCCAAUAACCUGAAGAGUCACAAAGUAUACAGCACCGUCUACAAACAUCUGUUGAAGGAGUUUGGCUCAGAGAAAAUACUCCAACUGGCCGUGUCGACUCAGGACUCCACUUUCAAUAGGAUUCUUGUGAAGUCAUUGAGCAAGGAGCUUCUCCACAGUUGUAACGAGGCAUCAAGAGCAGCCUCAAGAACAUCUUUCGAAGCCACCAGGCCAGAAGCUCUUCUCAUGGCUGAAGAUGUGAAGGCUACCAGAGGGAAGCUGUCUUUCCUACAAAGGCUUGCCAGACUGAAAUUCAACUUAAAGGUACAUCACACUUAUUUAAGUUAACAAUUGUGUCAAUGUGAGUAAACAAUGUUAUUUAGAGAAAAUGUAAAACCAUCCAUUAAUUCCAAAACCAUUUAUAAAUCUUGUUGUGCUGGUGUGUAAGAUGUGAUCGUUAUUACCGUGAGAUUGUUCUGCUGUGACAGUUGUUUUGACAUGUUUUUGUUUUAGCCAUUCAUGAUGGGAAACAAGAAGAAUUCCCGCCAUUCUGAAUCCAAAGACCAGACUACUGCUGAAGAGAUCAUGUUGGCACAUCCUGCCACAUUUGGACUCCCAGAGGGUCUUCCCUCCACCUCUCAACAGGAGAAGCCUCGCAAACGUCCCCUUCUAAUCAGGAUGUUUUCCACCAUCUCCAUAGGCCUAUCCAAGCCAUUCAAACGCUUUUACCUUCGACAUCAACAAGCGACGCACGGGCUGGUCCUGCAGACUCCCACGCCCAUGGCCCAGGAGAAGGCUGGGGGCCACCUGCUCACUCACGUCCCAGCCAUCUCCUUUGAGACCGACUCUACUGUGGAGUGCACCUCCAAGAGGACUCCGGAAGAGAGGGACCGGGUGAAGGUUAAACUGGCCAACAUGGCCUUGAUGGGAAGGAUCAAAAGUCUUGGCUGUGAAAUGCCCAUUAUGUGUGAUUAUCGAAUUGAUAAUUUUCCACUUUUGAAACAACAAUGGGAAAGACAGGGUUUAUAGCAAAGGUUGCUCAGAUUGGGCUUUUGG